AUGGCCGUUUUCUUUCGAAGUAACUGUUUCGACUUCGACCAGGAUCCAGAGAAGACUAUCGACUUCUUAUCGCGUCUCCCCAUGGAAAGUUUCAGAUAUGUUCGACAGAUACAAUUUCGAUUCGAUGAGACACGUGUCAAACACUGGAUUAAACUAGACUACAACAACCAAUGGCUCAAGUUAGUAGAAUAUCUCAAGAUUCAUCUCAAUAUUCCUCAAUCGUCAAUUAUUGUCGAGGCGGAAACGUAUGAUUUAGGUUCCGACCUGGACCGCUAUAACAAUUACUACAGGGAUUCAAACCCCAUUUAUGAUGUUUAUUGUGAUAUCACACGGUCUUUGCGCAAGCUUGGCGGAUUGGGCCAUAUUGAAUUUCGCCUAGGAUGGUUCGCUUAUCUUCAACCCUUCAUGUCGAGGGCAGUUGCUGGGGAGGGCUAUGAAGAUGUAUAUCCAGAACUUGAGCCUUUUGACGGUGACCGGUUUGAUAAGAUUCCUCACUGGUUCAAUAUGGAGGAUUUUACACGAGAUUCUAAAUUAAAGUUCAAUUUUCCCUAA